AGAAAUUCUGCUACCCUAUCGCAGAGCUAGUCGAAAGGUCGCUUCCAGUAGUGAUUGCAAUUCGCAGUGCGGGUGUGAGCUUUGCUGGUGCGAAAAUCGUGUGAAAAUGCUACUGGGUUUGAUUUAUGAGUGAAAAGUGCAAAACCAGCAGGAAGCGGAAAGGUGUCCAGUAGUCCUACAAUUGAUAAAACGCCGCAGGAUCCCAAGAGGAGCAGAGCACAAAUUUAUGUAAGGGUACAGCAAGUGGAGGAUGUGUGAGACGAGUCCUGUCCUGUGUUAGAACAUCUGCAAUGUAUCGAGUUCUAAGCGAACAAAAUUAUGUACAGUAGCAUGCAAUAUCCUCUUCAAUAAUAUUAAUCGAUCAAUUAUAUUGAGCUCUUACACGGAGGUUAUAUUGACAGAGGUUGUAUUGAUGCGAAUGUACCAUCCGGAAGUGCUACGGGCAUUUAUUGCAAGCUAUUUCGGCGAGAAUAUAAAAGUAGAGAAAAGUAAUCGCACAAAGUGGCAGUUGGAGUGUUGAUCUUCCUGUGUGUUUUAGCCGUCGAUAAUAGUCAAAAGUGUAGGAAGUCCUGCAGUUUAGUCAUAAAAUAGUCAUUGCCAUCGCUGUAGAAGAGCAAUCCACAGUGCUGAUGUGAAUUCCUAGUCUAACUGGGGGGUUAGUGUGAAAUUGAGGGAAGCAUUAAGCCGUCAAAGUUUAUACAUAGUGUCCAUCCAUAUUGCAAUCGAAGUUGUUGGGAAAUAGCGAGUGAAACCAGCUGGAGAAGUGAUAAACAACAACAACAGCAACAACAAAAUAGCACGAUGCCAUUUGGUCGCAAAUCACCUCUGGAGGCAUUGGCCAUGCCGGGAGCCAUAAUCGCCUACAAAUAUAGCCAGUAUCGCCAGCGCCGGCGGGAAGCUGCCAACCGUCGGGUCACCGAGCGGGAACUCACGGCAUUGCACAACAAAAUUGAAAAACUGCUCAGUAAAUUGGAGGAAAGUGAACUGGAACCCCCCACAUCACAGGAGGAUGAAUGUGUUAUUUGUAUCAAUGCACGUGCCACGAUGCAAACCUCGCCCUGUGGCCAUCGGGUCGUCUGUCGACGGUGCUUUGUUAAAACGAUCCAGAGCGCGGUAGCCCAACGGCUGCUGCCUCUGCGUUGCGUUAUAUGCCGGGCCCGCAUAAACCGUCUGACGUCGGGAUCCACGUCCUGGCGACUGCAGGGCUCCGCCAGCAGUUACUCCAUGGGCAGCAAAAGCUGGAGCGUUCCCGGUUCGGCCAGUUCGUACAGCGUUGAUGACCCCCGAGUUAUCCAAUCAGCAAGUCUCUACUCGAUGAGCUCCGGUUCAUCGUGCAUGUCGGGCAUUUCGAACAUCUCCAGCUGUUCGGGAACAUCCGGCACUUCCGGUAUGUCUUCCUCGUCGUCCAACAGUGGCACCACAGGGGACAGCGCCUCCACGUCUUCGCAGCAUCACCAUCACCACCCCCACCAUAAUAAGCACUGCAGCAGCAACGGGUCGUGUUCCCAUGGUUGCUUGGGAGCAAUUCCGCGUAAUCCAGCCUACCAGCACCAUCACAGAAAAGGACAAUACUAUUCUAAGAAUCGCAUUCCGGAGAUGCCAAAUCGUUUACCGCCUAUAAUCGAAUUUAAAAGCCCAGUCAGACAUAGGACCCCAUCGCCUGCCAAUCCAGGUGCCAGAUUCAAAUAUUACACCCAACCCGGAAAGCCAUCCGACCCGGUGGUGGAAUCGAUACCCCUUCUGAGCAUCGAGAAGCCCUCCAAACCCGGCCCGACCAAGCUAGGACUGAACGGGAAAAUCGCACCAGCGGCAUCCAAAUCUCCAAUAAACAAAACCAACAUGGCAACAGGAAAACCAGUCACAACCUCAUUGAUCACGGCCGUCAGUUCAACGCCUAAAGCACGAGUGGUUUCGGCAGCAUCCGCCAGCAGUAGUCAUUCCAAUGCCAGCAGUAGUAAAAGUAGCAAUAACAACACUAACAAUAACACUACCAGUAGUAACACCAAACAAGACGAAAAGUAUGACAAUAAGAAAAACGAGACGAUCGAAAAGAAGAAGAAAGAGGAAAAGUCGAAACUCAAAGCAGAGAAAGAAGCUCGGAAGGAAGAGAAACGACUGGCCAAAGAGGAAGAAAAGCUGGCCAAGAUGCUAGCCAAAGAGGAGAAAAAACGCAGUAAGAGGGAAGCGAAAGAGGCCCUCCUGGCAAACGAGGGGGGAUGUCGGAAAUAGGACAGCCCUCGCUGGAGGAACUUUUUCGCGAGGAGCUAAAGUUCUCCGAAUUGGUUCGUCCAGGGCUCACCCAUUGUAAAUAGCAAGUAGAUUUUAAAAACAGACAAGCUUAACAAGUUGAAGUAGAUCGUAGAUUGACAUUCUAAACUAAGUAGGUACAGGAAGACAGCAAAAGUUGCAAAACAAUAUAAUGUCACUCAGAGCAUUUAGGUUGUGCGUUCAUUUAGACAAUCUUUGGACUGUCAAAUUAACUGUUUUACAUGAUUUCAUGUGACACUAAAUCGUAAAGUUGAUAGUUCCAGAGAUCCCCACAGCAUCCUAAUUACGAAAAACAUAUCAAUCAUGACGGCUUCCUUUAAAAUGUUUGCGUACUUCCACUCAAAGUGGUUCCAGAAUUAUAUAUUUAGUGACUAUUUCUUCGAAAGAAACCUAUAAACUUUAAUCAAUGUGGCCAAUUACCCGAACACUAUAAGAAAACGAACAUAAUUAUGCCAAGCACAUUGAACGUCAACUUACUAUACUCCCACUAGAAUGUAACCCCAAACAACUUCCACGAACACGUACACCAACACACAUUUUAGAACGAUUUUAUUUUGUAGUGUCCUAUUUAAGAAAGAAAAAAAAAGAUUAUUCGUUUAUACUUCCUCACCUUGUUAUUGUUGUUGUUGAUACAUUUUAUACCCAUGGCCCCUACCCACCAGAGAUUUGGUCCUGAUCAUUUUUGAGGAGGAAGCUCACCACUCAUAGAAACACCCCUCAAAGGGAAAAAUCAUUAUUCAAUCAUGGCACACGUUUUAUAAUGGUUGAGAU